CAUGACUAUGCGUCACACAGCACAACGUCAUAUUGAAUUUUGUGUGCCCCUGUCCGGGUCGGUUCAACGGCAGGCAGGGCUGUCCGGUGGUGCGCUUCGAUCCUGGUCAAGGGCAUAUGCGGGAACAUCUGGCUAAGUACCACCGGAAGUACUACGCCGCGGUGACCGAUGCCCUGGUGGCGGCUGACAGUGAGGAAGACGAUCCGCAGCUCGUGCAGAAACACGAGACGUUCAUGCGGCGCACCCGCCGCCUGUUCUUCCCGGGCUGGACGCGCCGCAAGGAGGAGCUCUUCCCCAGCCAGAUCAUCCCGGACAAGGUCGUCAUUCCCACGAAAAUCAGCAAGGAGGGCGAAAUCCAGUACAUCUGCAACAUUGACCCCUGCAGCAAACGCACGUUUCGCCCUCCGCACGCCGCUUCCGGCGUGCACACGCACGUGUGGACGGAGCAUCGAUCCCGACUGGAUAUGCGCACCAGUUUGUACCAUAAAUGCCCUGCGCCGAAAUGCCGGGAAAUUGUGCUGGGCUGUGAGCACCAGAUGGAACCCCACGUCAAGGCCGUGCACCCCGAGCUGCUGCCCCCCUUUGCACGCCAGGAAUAUUCGGAGGCCGCGAAGAAGAAGCGGAAGGAUCUGGAGGACAGCAUCCCGACCGCCUGCAUUGGAGCGGCCCUCGCCAACGAUCAGCAGGAUGACGAUGACAGUCAACUGUUUUUGCAGUGUUACUCGUGUCCUGUCGCGGCGUGCGAGAAAAUGUUCAUGGGUGAUUCUGCGCGGAAAUACAUGGUCUGGCACUUGGGCGCUGACCACGAGGCUGACUGGAAUGUCCAGGAGACCCCGGUCGCUUGAUGGCGGCGGUUGGAUUGCCUCCACAGCACUGCGCUGUCGCAGUGACGGUGUUCUGGCUCAUCCGUGCUUCCGGAUAAACGACGUCUUUCUGCUGGCGAGUAGCGAAUCUGUCUCCCGGCCUAGAAACUGGUGUGCCGAAUAGAAUGCUGUUCCUGGAGUUUGUGAAUGUCACUUUUUUGUUUUCGUUGCUCUGCAGAAGAGUCAUACAACUGCGUGCUACAAUGUACCUCUGUACAAAUACUGUUAAACAGCAGCUUGUUACGGGGAGUUUUUCUUUGCAGAUUAUGGUAUAUGUCAAGUGUACUGAGUAGUUAGGUACCUAAACUACAUAUUUUCGAUUAGAAUUGUUUUGCGAUUUUCGAACAGUGCGAACUACA